AUGGCUGCCAUUCGCUCUCUUCUCAAUCCGAUGGUAGACGACAAGAACCAAGACAGCAACGACGAAAGCAGAGACGACCCUUCCACCCACGACAGUCAAACCUCGGCCUACUCUGAUGCUGGAGCAGACUUCCACCAGAAGCCAAACCGAAAGAAACAGAAGAUCUGCAAGGAUGCCGCAGUCUUCAAGCCUGGCACCAUCCGAGGCGAAUGUCGAUAUCCACCAUACGAAGAUCAAGACGAAGUGCUUGCGGCGAAACACCGCAUGUACGAGGUCUAUCCUGUCGGCAACAUAGCUUCCUACCCGAGGCACAUUCCUUACAACAGCGAAAAGAAGCUGUACCUGGAGAAGACCGGUAGAGAGAGCUUUGAAGUCUUUCAGUAUCAGUUCAAGAUUCCGGGAGACUCCGUCCAAUACACGAUGCUGUGGGAUUAUAACAUUGGACUGGUCCGAACAACACCCUUGUUCAAGUGCGGAAACUACUCCAAGACAACACCCGCGAAAAUGCUCUCCCGAAAUGUAGGAUUGAAGGAGAUAUGCCAUAGCAUCACCGGAGGAGCUCUGGUCGCUCAAGGAUAUUGGAUACCAUUUGAGGCAGCCAAGGCAGUUGCAGCAACGUUCUGCUUCCACAUUCGCUAUGCCCUGACUCCCGUCUUUGGCAAAGACUUUCCCGACAUGUGUCUCCAUCCCGACUCCGAGAACUUCAGAUCCAUGCAGAUCGAUCCCGAAAUCACCAAGCGAUGUGCGGCGCAGGCUCAGCUCUACCGCGAGUUGGAGCUUCACGAAGCCAUCACCUCUUCAUCCAGCAUACCAAGUCCACAGACGCCCCAGACACCGCCGUUUCAAUCUCAGGUCAAGAAGCUUUUGCCAAAGACACUCAAGGUCAACGACACACGGAGAGAAUACUCCACUGAUUCGGGUUGUGAAGACAAAUAUGAACUCUCUUCGCCUUCCCCACAAAUUGCUUUCAGUGACCCUUGGUCCGCAGUCAACACUCCUCGUUCUCCGGCCCCAAAGAUCUCGUUCACCAAUCCAUGGUCGCCUGCAAGUACCACCCGUUCGGACUCCCCUCACGGUACCUCCCGCAGAGGGCGGGCUGCGGCAAAUAUUCCACGUUCACAUACGCCUCUUGAUCUCCUGCCACCACCGCGAAAACUACUAUACCCAGCGCUCAACGCGACGACGGCGAAUGGUGGGAAAAGUGCGGCUGGUGCUCGUGAGGUGUUCUCGACCGAGGGAGUUUCUCCCAAAUCGCAGGCAGAGCGCAUGGAUAUCGACGAAUACUACGACGCCGGCUCAGAUGACUCGGAAGGGCCCAAGGUGGAUAUGAGAGGUAGAAAGAGAUCAUCAAGGGGGUUCAACGAGACCAAAGCAGCCUAUGUCUUGAUGAAGUUGCGGACGCAGACAGACAGUGUAAAGACAGGGUUGAAGUCGUUGAAGCGUCGAGCGUCCAACUAA